AAACUCUCGUCUUUCCGGACUCCUUAUUUUACAUCCGGGGUCCCUCGCCGCCGCCGCCGCCGACGCCGACGCCGACGGGGAGGAUGGGAGGGGCGCGCUUCCCCGGUGAGGAGGACGAGGCGGGCGACGGAGUCCCCCUCCGCGACGUCGGCAAGAUGGAGCACGGGUGCGAGCAUUACAGGAGGAGAUGCAAGAUCGUGGCGCCCUGCUGCAACGAGGUCUUCCCUUGCCGCCAUUGCCACAACGAGGCCACGGCUUCAGGUGAUCGGCAUACCAUUUGUCGCCAGGAUGUUGAAAAAGUAGUAUGUUUACUUUGUGAUACCAAACAGCCGGUGUCACAAGUCUGCAUAAGCUGUGGGGUCAAUAUGGGGGAGUACUUUUGUGAUGUAUGCAAGUUUUAUGACGAUGAUACAGAAAAAGGGCAGUUUCAUUGCUACGAUUGUGGCAUAUGCAGGGUUGGUGGCAAGGAGAAUUACUUCCACUGCACAAAGUGUGGGUCUUGUUAUGCUGUUGCUCUGCGUGACAACCAUCAUUGUGUGGAGAACUCAAUGAGGCAGAAUUGCCCAAUUUGUUAUGAGUAUCUAUUUGAUUCAUUGAAAGGAACACGAGUUCUUGAUUGUGGACACACGAUGCACAUGGACUGCUUUUCUGAGAUGGUGCAUCAUAACAAGUAUACUUGUCCAAUAUGCUCCAAGACAGCUCUUGACAUGACACAUCACUGGGCAUUGUUAGACCAAGAGAUUGAAGCAACAAUUAUGCCUCCAGUGUACCGAUACAAGGUUUGGGUGCUCUGUAAUGACUGCAACAAGGUCUCAGAAGUGAACUUCCAUGUGAUUGGCCAUAAGUGCAGCCACUGCAACUCGUACAACACUCGAUCAACAUCACGGCCUGUGGAUUCAUCAGGAAGCAGCUCUCCAUCAACAUCAGAUUCAUCUGAAAACAAUCCAUAGGUAACAACAGGCCAUGUUGGUUUUGCCCACCAGAUCUACAUUUCACAUAAUCAACCCCAGAUUCAUACAUACAACAAGUAGUAGAAGGAACAUUGUUUUGCGGCGAGCCUAUGAAGUACACCAACAACGCCAUGACCGGCUGGCCCCUGCCAUUUCUUCAAGAUUCAAUUGACUGCUUGAAUCUCCAUGUGUUGGAACUGCUACUAGACCAAAAACACACACACACUAUGAUGAUUAUACCGGAUGUUGUGUUGAAUCUUUAUCACAGCUAUGGCUGUUAUAACUGUGGGUGAAAAUGAAACCCAUCAUGUUACCCAGGAGCUAAAUCUUGAUUUUUGCAAUCCAUCCAAUCCAUAGAAAACGGGUAUAUGCUUAUACUACGUGGGAUACUUGAUAUUGUGAAUUUGUGAUGGUUCAGAUUUGCCGCAGUGAGGCAGCAAGUGAACAAUCUACCGAAGAUUCAAUGA